AAGGCGGGCGGCACCCACGGUUUGCCCACCAACCGAUCUCAGCCGCCCUGUGUCGGCUUUAUAAUUUUUAAGGUUGAGACUGAGAUCGAGGUAAGCCAAGAGAGAUGGGCAGCGGAGAAGACAAAACGAAUGUCUACGCCCUUUCGGAGGUCGCGAAACACAACUCCCGGGAGGAUUGCUGGCUCGUCAUCAGUGGCAAGGUCUAUAACGUGGCUAAAUUUCUUGAAGAUCAUCCAGGGGGAGAUGAGGUCUUGUUAGCAGUAACCGGUAAGGACGCAACUGAAGAUUUUGAGGAUGUAGGGCAUAGCACAACUGCAAGGGCUACGAUGCAUGAAUAUUAUGUUGGUGAGAUUGAUGUCUCCACAAUCCCAACGAAGGUUAAAUAUAUUCCUCCCAAGCAGCCUUACUACAAUCAGGACAAGACGGCGGAUUUCGUAAUCAAGAUCCUACAGUUUUUGGUUCCAUUAGCAAUACUGGGAUUGGCUGUUAUAGUGAGGAUCUACACAAAAGCAGCCUAGAAUCAGAUGAAUCUGUUGCAUGCUCUUUUCUUCUGCCAGGAGGGUAAUCUUUUCUUCUUACCAUAUGAUUUUAUUUCCUGCCUGAUGAGGCUUGUUUCCAUUGUCAUAUUUCAUGGUGUACUUUGCUUGAAAGACUUCUUUUUAACUUUUUAUUGGUAACUUUUUUUUU